AUGCGUAUGCCGCCCAACAGAAUUUGCGUUGCGGUAUGGGCUGCAGUCACCACCCUCCUCUUGUUCACCGGAUUGCUCUCUUGCUCCCGUCCUUGUCCGGCUUCUAGUUCUGGGGAAGGUUACCUCUUCAUCGCUUUCGUGGCUUGCCUUGAUAUGCGUAGAUGCGUCUCACUGGAUUGGAAAUAUGGAUAUAACGUCGCACCAGCGAUCCGUUGGUCAUCAUUAGUGUUCGGGUGUGUCCUGGUUUUCAGACAUGGGGCAGAGGCGGCUGUUGCGGGCACGACCUGCAGUGCUAACGGAAAUGAAUGUGCCGCCAUUGCAAACUCGUUUUGUGACGUCACCAAUACCGUCUGUAAAUGUGUCGACAUUGCCACUGAGGAUGCUGCCACUAGUACAUGCCCUCUCACAGCUUGUCCAAAUGGUGACAGUGACUGCUCUGAUGCAAAUUCUGAAUGUUCCACAACAUCCAGUACCUGUACCUGUACGUCUGCAUACUAUCUCGACGGCGCUGACGAUGCAAACCUCUGUGUUGGCAAACCCGUCGGGGAAACUUGUACAGCGUCCGGCUCCGAAUGCACCACGAUUACAAAUGGAUUCUGCGACACUUCUGGGGCGGCAUCCGUGUGUGCGUGUGGAACGGUCUACUCAUUGGCUAAUUGUAUUGGAGCUGAUUGUUCCACCAACGGAGAUUCCGACUGUACAGGGGUGGACCCCAACUCUGUGUGCGUAGGAUCUGCGGCUUGUGGCUGUAAGGCUACCUAUGGCAUUCAUGCAGCCGGAACUAGCGGCCUUUGUCAGCCAGGUGUUGGUGCUACAUGUACGGCGUCUGGAAGUGAAUGUCAGUACCUGACGGGAGGAUAUUGUGACACAACAGCAACUCCAGUCUGUGCAUGCGCCGAUAUUAUGAUGGUGCAGAACACAAUUUUCUGUGAAGCUAAAAGUUGUGCUGCGGAUUCCACCUGUACAACAGCUGAUGCUAACUCGGAGUGCGUAAAGGGAUUGUGUGCGUGCAAAUCAACCUACGAACUCGAUGGAACAUCAAAAUCGUGUGUUGCAACAGGCGGCAGCAAUGCGAUUACCGCAUCGAUCGCUGUCAUGCUGAUGAGCCUGCUAGUCAGUGUUCUGCAGCAUUAAAAUGCUACACAGUUUCCUUCUCCAGUGUACUGAACAUGGACAACGUAUAUGGACUGCGGAUUACAUGAUUAACGGACUAUCUGAGGACACACUUUUCAAACAGAUAUAUUUACAUUUCAUAAAAUGUGGUAACUAAAAUCAAGCGUGUCUUAGUUCAAAAGUAAGUGGGAUUCCUGCGUGAGAAAAGAUGUCAUUUGAUGAUUCUGGUCAACAUCUGUAAACUAAAACAUUUUUGUUUGUUUUCUAUUUACAUUUCAAAUGGUAUUAGUGUAUUUAUUCAACAGCUCAUCCGCUGUAAAGCGUCGUAAGAAGACGCAUCAUACAUAUGACAUAUAUGAUCGUAAGGAAACCGCUUUGUUAAAACCUUUAUUGAAAAGUUUCGAUUAAGUGAAACAAAUUGAAACAAAGACAUCCAACUGCCCUCUCAUUUCAACACAAAUAAUUAGAUCUUCACUUCUUUAUUUCUGACACCCUACAUAGCAAAACAUCUGCUUCAUUAUCAAAAGGCUAAGGAAUGUCAUGGUAUUUCAAGUCUGAAGAGUACUACACUUUCAUUGUUCAGGUUUGGUCGAGCUCAGGUUAACACCGAUGUUCCCGAAUCGUGGAUGGUGUUUCUUCUUUAUUCCUGUGUGCGGUGUGUGUGUGUGUAUCAACAGUUUUGUUAUAAACUUAUUCUAAAAUGUGGUUGUUGUUUCAAAUGAUAACAUGUGAAAUUGACAAGGUCAAAGUUUAUUUUGUACAAUUAUUCAUUUUAAAUUUGAAAGUUUGUGAUAACUUUUAAGGAUUGCAUGCUGAAUUACCAGUAUGUAUCUGAUUUCUUAUCUUUGAUCCAAACAAAUAAAAAACACAGAAUAUAUUCCAUUAUGCAUAUCAAUAUGUUGUUUGUUAAAGCUAACAAUGAAAAUGAACCAACCAA